CUAACUUCUAACUUCAGCGAAGUUCUUAAAUCAUACUCUUCAGAAAUAGUAAUAUUUUAAUAUUGCAUUUCCAGAUUAAUUCUAAUAUUAUUUUGAUUUUAAUAAACGGCUUUAAACUUUGUGUUUAAAAGUUUGAUUUGAACCAUGACAGAACAGCAGAUGGAUUGUGCCCUAGACUUAAUGAGGAGGUUGCCUCCUCAACAGAUCGAGAAAAAUUUGACAGAUUUGAUCGACUUAGUGCCGAGUUUAUGUGAGGAUUUGUUAUCAUCGGUUGACCAACCGUUAAAGAUUGCACAGGACCGUAGUAACGGGAAAGAUUACUUGCUGUGUGAUUACAACAGAGAUGGAGACUCGUAUCGGUCUCCAUGGUCGAAUACAUACGACCCUCCUUUAGAAGAUGGUUCUAUGCCUUCUGAGAGACUGAGAAAAUUAGAGAUAGAGGCAAAUCACGCAUUCGAUCAGUACAGGGAGAUGUAUUUCGAAGGUGGAGUUAGCUCAGUAUAUUUAUGGGACAUGGAUCAUGGCUUUGCGGGUGUAAUUCUAAUAAAGAAAGCAGGAGAUGGAUCCCAAAAAAUUAAAGGCUGCUGGGAUUCCAUCCAUGUGGUUGAAGUGGUGGAGAAGAGUUCAGGUCGCAAUGCUCAUUACAAGUUGACGUCAACUGCUAUGCUCUGGCUUCAAACUAAUAAGGAAGGGAGUGGAACAAUGAACUUAGGGGGAAGUCUCACCAGACAGGCUGAACAAGAUUCUUCAGUAAGUGAUGUCACUCCACACAUCGCUAAUAUAGGUCGCAUGGUGGAAGAUAUGGAAAAUAAGAUCCGUAAUACAUUAAAUGACAUUUAUUUUGGAAAGACAAAAGACAUUGUUAAUGGUCUACGAUCAACGGUGCCAGCUAAUGUGGCACGACAGAAGGCAGCCUUGCAGCACGAUUUAGCCGAGGCACUGCUCCAGCGCAGACAAGUCACUCGUGCCGACUGAGACUGCGAGUACUCUGAUGAGUUGGAGGUUUUGGGUUAAAUAUUUAACAACGACAUAGAAAAGUUCAAGAAUUAUGGAAAUUGUAGUAAUCUAUUAUAAAUAAUACGAGUUAUUGGUAUCAACACACUUUAAAAUUUUAAUAUAAGCAUCCAUUACGGUGCUCAUAAAUGUCCAUUAUAUUGUGUUAUUUUACAUAAGUAGUGAGGGUUUGAAUAAAAGCUUAGUUAAAAUUUUAAUUAGCCCAAAAUAAUAUGUCCAUCUCUUUGAUUGCAUUUUUAUUGCUUAGUAUUUUUUAUUGUUAAUUAGAAAAUCGCAUUUUAAAUUUAAGAUAUUCUAUACAAUAAGAUAUCAGUAUGUUAUUAAUAUAACUUUAAUGCAUGGUAAGCUCUAAGCCAAUUGUUAAUGUUGCAAUAUUAAUUGUAUCCAGAGAACAUAAGUUUUUCUUCAUAAUACAAUAAUAGUUUUGGAUUGGCCUCUCUAAAUAAAGUAUAUUUAUCUGA